GCAAACAGAGUACAGUGACUAAUCCAGGCGUGUUUCAACAGAUGGUUAGAUCUGGCCUAAUUCAGUCAUCGCAGUUGAAUGAGGUUGAGAGGAGAAGCCAUUGAGAUCCCUUUUCGGAGCUGUGUGGCCUCAGCCUGCUGGCAUUGUUAAGGGGUCCCUUUCUGAGCAGCCCUGUGUCCCAGAAAUGAGAGAAGACUGACUGAUAAAGGUGGACACAAACCUUUGCCAGAGGAGCAGACUGGCUGCAAGCAGGUUAGUAGCAGCAGCGCGACCAGAUCCCCUCUUACGUUUCAAGAUAUAGAAACUGAAGGUAAACUGAGUGGGUGUUCAAAAUCUCAGAAAGGUGCUUCACUCUGCAUUCAGCAAAAUCUUUCCAAGUAGUCUGUGCCCAUUGGACUACAGAAAAUUUCCAGGUGCUUCCUAACGAUGGUACUAUUUAUCUUUCUGAUGGGUUCCUGCAUUACUUGUGCCAAUAAAACUACUGUAUGCAAACAAGAUGAAUUUAAAUAUGUCACACACUACAUCCUGCAAAGAAAAAUCGCCCGCCACCACACCCCAUCUGCUCAAGAUCAGGACAGAAAAUAGAUAAAGGAAGGAUUACUGGAAGGACGCAAGAACUCAAGCGAGACAAAAUGCUACAGUCAAGACUUGCUCUUGGAUUGAUUGUGUUAGGUGUCACAAUUUUUAUGAGUCCUGGUUCUGCUCUCCUUUCUCAACGAUUGAAAGGUCGCUUUCAGCGAGACCGCAGGAAUAUCAGACCAAAUAUCAUCCUUAUUUACACAGAUGAUCAGGAUGUGGAGCUUGGAUCUUUGGAAGUGAUGAACAAGACAAGACGGAUCAUGGAACAAGGAGGAGCUCAUUUUACAAAUGCUUUCGUGACAACACCCAUGUGCUGCCCUUCAAGAUCUUCCAUGUUGACAGGGAAAUACGUCCACAAUCACAACACCUACACCAACAAUGAGAACUGCUCUUCCUCCUCCUGGCAGGCCACACAUGAACAGCAUACAUUUGCUGUGUAUCUGAACAGCACUGGUUAUAGGACAGCAUUCUUUGGAAAAUACCUGAAUGAAUACAAUGGCAGCUACAUUCCACCUGGUUGGCGUGAGUGGGUUGGAUUAAUAAAGAACUCGCGAUUCUACAACUAUACACUUAAUAGGAAUGGUGUAAAGGAAAAGCAUGGAUUUGACUAUUCAAAGGAUUACCUAACAGACUUGAUGACAAAUGACAGCAUCAAUUACUUUAAAUCAUCCAAGAAGAUUUAUCCACACAGACCAGUUAUGCUGCUGAUCAGUCAUGCAGCACCCCAUGGCCCUGAAGAUUCAGCCCCACAAUUCUCCCACCUUUUUCCAAAUGCUUCCCAGCAUAUCACUCCAAGCUAUAAUUAUGCUCCUAAUCCAGACAAGCAUUGGAUCAUGAGGUACACUGGCCCAAUGAAACCCAUUCACAUGGAAUUUACUAACAUGCUGCAGAGGAAGAGACUGCAGACCUUGUUGUCAGUGGAUGAAUCAAUUGAAAGGCUCUACAAUAUGCUCGUUGAACUGGGUGAAGUGGACAAUACCUACAUCAUUUACACAGCAGACCAUGGCUACCACAUUGGGCAGUUUGGCCUUGUGAAAGGAAAAUCUAUGCCGUAUGAGUUUGACAUCCGAGUGCCAUUUUUCAUGCGGGGACCAAAUGUGGAACCAGGAUCAAUCAUUCCUCAAAUCGUUUUAAACAUAGACCUCGCACCGACAAUUUUAGAUAUUGCAGGUCUAGAUAUUCCAGCUGACAUGGAUGGCAAAUCCAUUCUGAAACUCUUAGACACUGAGAAACCUGUCAACAGGUUCAACUCAAACAAGAAAACCAAGGUUUGGCGAGAUUCAUUUCUUGUGGAAAGAGGUAAACUACUCCACAAAAGAGAUGAAACUAAAAACACCCAAGAAGAAAAUUUCCUACCCAAGUAUGAAAGAGUAAAAGAUCUUUGCCAGAAGGCAGAAUAUCAGACACCCUGUGAGCAAAUUGGUCAGAAAUGGCAGUGCGUGGAGGAUGUCACAGGAAAGCUUCGACUUCAUAAGUGCAAAAGAGUAGCUGAUGCUGCAGCCCCCGACAGGAAGAGCUCUGGGCGAUUUCAGUCCAAAUACUAUGACUCCAAUGGGCAAGACUGCGACUGUGAGCAAAAUGGGUACAAACUGAGCCCAGCUGUCCGACAGAAACAGAAACUGUUCUCCAAGCGAAAAUUUAAGCAAAGCUACAUACGGAAUCGCUCAAUCCGAUCCGUAUCCAUUGAACUUGAGGGAGAAGUUUAUGAUCUGGAUCUAGAUGAGGGAUUUGACCCUGUUUUGCCAAAGCGACAUGACAUAGCAGAUGAGGAUGAAGAAAACAUGGGUGAAAGCAGUGGUACUGGCAAUAGCAAUGAAUUAAUUGUACCUUCUUCAAUUAAAGUUACACAUAAGUGCUUCAUAUUGGCCAAUGACACUGUUCAAUGUGAUGGUGAUCUAUACAAAUCACUUCAAGCAUGGAAGGAUCACAAAUUACACAUUGACCAUGAGAUUGAAACCCUCCAAACCAAAAUAAAGAACUUACGAGAGGUCAGGGGUCACUUGAAAAAAAAGAGACCUGAAGAAUGUGACUGUUCAAGGAUGAGUUUUCCCUCUAAGCAUAAGGGAAUGAAAGGAAAGCUCAAGCACAAAGGAUCUCAUCAUCCCUUCAAGAAAGGAGGCCAGGAAAAAAGUGACAAUGCUUGGAUGUUUAAGGAUGAAAGAAAAAGAAAGAAGAUACGAAAAAUGCUGAAGAGACUGAGAAAUAAUGACACGUGCAGUAUGCCUGGCCUUACUUGUUUCACACAUGACAACCAGCACUGGCAGUCACCCCCAUUCUGGACAUUGGGACCUUUCUGUGCAUGCACCAGUGCAAAUAACAACACCUACUGGUGCUUGAGGACAUUCAAUGAGACCCAUAACUUCCUGUUCUGUGAGUUUGCGACUGGUUUCCUGGAGUAUUUUGAUCUCAACACAGACCCUUACCAGCUGAUGAAUGCAGUGAACACAUUAGAUCGAGAUGUUUUGAACCAACUGCAUGUGCAGCUAAUGGAAUUACGAACCUGCCGUGGUUUUAAGAAAUGUAACCCACGGACCAGGAAUAUGGACACAGGAGGAAAAGAUGAAGAGAAGUUUGAUCAAUACAGGCAAUAUCAGCGUCGGAAAUGGCCUAAAACGAAGAGACCAAACUCCAAGUCCCUAGGACAACUCUGGGAAGGAUGGGAAGGUUAGACUCUGGACAUUGAUGACUUCAUCAACAACAUCAACUGGUGACAACUUGAAAGUCUAUAGUGACAGGAUGGUAAUCCUGUAUGAUCAUGGACUGAAUUUCAUUUUUAGCCUUGAAGAUUGGAUAAACUAUGGGGCUUAUGUAGAUAGAAGGUUCGCACUGCUGGGGAAAUUUAAUGAAAACAAACUCUCAAGGGCCAAUUAUGUAAAUGAGAGUGGAAAGUCUCUUCCAUUGAUUAUUAGCCUUUUUGCUCAAAGCAUUUCAUCCUUUGUUCUCAAGCCAUCAUUUCAGCAUACCAUAUUAUUGAAAUACAGUAAACGAGUGAUUCUGCAGUCACGGAGAAGAGAGGUGACUUAUUUUUCAUGGAACACUGGAAUUAUUGGAUAAUUCCAUUACCAGUGCAAGUUGUAAUUUGUUGAUAAUGAAGUCAUGCAAGUUUCAGCCACUGCCAAUGAAUCAACCAGUUAAGACCAAUUUGGAAGACUGGAUCUAAUAUCAAUGCCAAUGCAGGAGACAUAAAUGGAAAUGAAUAUCACAGAACAAGGUGAAAUAACUGGAGAGGAUCUUAUAGAAUAUGACAAUUGGUUUGAACAGAAAAGGAACUGAAUGCUUUAAUAGUGCAUAAUGAUUUUAGCAAUUACCAGCAUAAUUCUGAGAAUUCUGCUUUGUUGCCAUGGUAGUGUGUUUAUUCAGUUUAAGCCUUCUAUUUCUAGACACCUUUGAAAUACAUACAUACAAUUAAGGGAGAGCAGCUUCUGUACAAUAAGUAAAAUUAUAUCUUGUAAAUAUUUACUGCAUUUAUAUCCAUCAAUGAAGUUCAUUCAAGUGGUUUAGAAUUUAAGUAAUACAAUUUGGAAUGUCCAGCUAUACGUAAUGUCAGAAAUUCAAUUACAUUUGAAAAUUAGCUCUUUGACUUAUCUAAUUGUUAUUAAGUUUUAAUAUCCUGUUUCAUGAUGAAUUAAGUUCCAUAAGUUCAGCUGCAAUGCUCUUGUUGACUUUACAUAAAUGAUGAAAUGAAAAUCUGGAUUUCUUUUUCUUUUAAAAAAGGAAAGCAUAAAAUUUAUCUCUGGCACUGAAUGCACAAUAUAGUUACAUCAGUGUGUUAUAUCCCUCUUCCAAAUUACAGUAGUUUCUAUUGGCUGUGUUGGAUUUCUAACCUAAUAUUUUUUUCAUUUAGGUAUAAAUAAUAAUGAAUCAUUUGCUAUGAAAUAAACCAUAGACUAAGAGAUUUAACACAACUUUGUUGUAUACAGAUUAAUCUAAAGGAAUAAAAUUGGAUCAGUUAGCGUUUCCAAGUAGUCUGAAUUUGGAAUGUCAGAAAACCAUAUGCAUAGGAAUGCAGCCUCUGUCCAGUCACCAACUUUCUACUUCCUAUCCACAAUGCCUCCAAAAUUCAGUUCCAAGCCAGAGUGGAAGAUGCUGGCAGCACAAUAGCACAUUUACUGAGAGUGACCAGAGAUGAAUUUAUUAAUAAUAAUCUAAAAAUGGGUACAAUCAAUUAUGAUCUAGCAGACUAAGAUAAGUGAAAAUUUACUUUUUAAGAAAAAUGUUCUACCAUGAAGCACAAAACAAAGUUGAUGUGGUUUACAAUUUGCUUGCUUUUUCAAAUGAAAAUGUGUAAUUCUUUUCAAGGGACAAUUUUGAUACACAAAUUAUGGAGUAUUAUUAAUCCAGUAAAUGAAUCAUUCCAGACUGUAAAUAGUUACUUUUUUAAAAAAAACUGUGUGCAUUGUUAGUAAGAUUGCAUUAAUUGCAACAUUGUUUAUAAAAUAAUUAGACAUCAAAGUAUGUUACUAUUGGAACACAUAAAUGAAUGGCAAGUUCAAAAUCUAAUGAGCAAAUUGAAAAAUCCCUGCCUCAAACUGAAAUGCACUCUUUGAAAUGAGCAAGCACCAAAGAAAAAACCACAGUAUUAAAUCUCUCCGACCCACCAUACCUUUGUGUGCUGGUCCCUACAGACCACUCAAUUAUUGCUAAAGUUAUCUAGAAUAUGUUGUAAAAUUUGUCCUUUAACAUUUCUUACAGAUAUAAUAUGAAUUUUGAGAAACAUUGUUGCAUAUGAUGCAGUUGUACAAACAAAUUGUUGUUAUUAUGAGGUGUUUGUCUGAGCUUGUGUAUUAAUAUUUUAAUUCUUUCAGGUAUUUUGAACAAGAAUAGAAUAUCUGAUUUUGUAAUUGUAACUUUCUCACAUUAGUGUUGAAACAGUCUGUAAUCUUUGGACUGCUGAAACAACGUUGACAACAAAAAUCAGUUACAAAACUAAAGACCUUUUAAAAUACUAUUAAAAUUUUACUGUGAUGUGUUAAAUAAGUGUCUGUCUACAGCCUUUAUCAACAAGUCUAAAAUCUUACCAAUUUUUGAAACAGUUUUGGGGCACAUUCUGUUUGUC